AUGAAAAGACAAACCAGAGAGACCAACCAAGAUACACGCAAACCAAGAGAAAAGCAACCAAGACAGACGCAACCAAGAGACAUGACACAACCAAAGACACAAACUAAGAAAACAAAACAAGAGAGACAGAACCAAGAGAAAACGCAACCAAGAGAGACGCACCAAGAGACACGCAAACCAAGAGACAACAGACGCAACCAAGAGACACGCAACCAAGAGAGACGCAACCAAGAGAGACGCAACCAAGAGACACGCAACCAAGAGACACGAACCAAGACAGACGCAACCAAGACAGACGCAACCAAGAGACGCAACCAAGAGGACGCAACCAAGAGAGACGCAACCAAGAGACACGCAACACAAGACACACGCAACCAAGACAGACGCAACCAAGACAGACGCCAACCAAGAGACGCAACCAAGAGACGCAACCAAGAGAGACGCAACCAAGAGACACGCAACCAAGACAGACGCAACCAAGACAGACGCAACCAAGAGACGGCAACCAAGACACGCAACCAAGAAACACGCAACCCAAGAGACACGCAACCAAGAGAGACGCAACCAAGAGAGACGCAAGGAAGAGACGCAACCCAAGAGAGACGCAACCAAGAGAGACGCAACCAAGAGACACGCAACCAAGAGACACGCAACCAAGAAACACGCAACCAAGAGACACGCAACCAAGAUCAUGACGCAACCAAGAGACACGCAACCAAGAGAGACGCAACCAAGAAACACGCAACCAAGAGACACGCAACAAGACACACGCAACCAAGAGACACGCAACCAAGAAGAGACGCAACCAAGAGACACGCAACCAAGAGACACGCAAACCUAAGACAGACGCAAACCAAGACAGACGCAACCAAGAGACACGCAACCAAGAGAGACGCAACCAAGAGAGACGCAACCAAGACAGACGCAACCAAGGCAGACGCAACCAAGACAGACGCAACCAAGAGACACGCAACCAAGGAGACACGAAACCAAGAGACGCAACCAAGAAACACGCAACCAAGAGACACGCAACCAAGAGACACGCAACCAAGAGAGACGCAACCAAGAGAGACGCAACCAAGAGACACGCAACAAGUAGAGACACAACACAAGAUGAGACGCAACCAAGAACACGCAACCACUCGACACGCAACCAAGAGACACGCAACCAAGAGACGCAACCAAGAAACACGCAACCAAGAGACACGCAACCAAGAGACACGCAACCAAGAGAGACGCAACCAAGAGACACGCAACCAAGAGAGACGCAACCAAGACAGACGCAACCAAGAGAGACGCAACCAAGAGAGACGCAACCAAGAGAGACGCAAACUAAGAGACACGCAACCACGAGAGACGCAACCAAGAGAGACGCAACCAGAUAGACGCAACCAAGAGACACGCAACCAAGAGACACGCAAACAAGAGAGACGCAACCAAGAGACACGCAACCAAGAGGAGAGACGCAAACCAAGAGACACGCAACCAAGAGAGAGACGCAACCAAGAGAGACGCAACCAAGACAGACGCAACCAAGAUAGACGCAACCAAGAGACACGCAACCAAGAGAGACAGAGACGCAACCAAGAGAGACGCAACCAAGAGAGACGCAACCAAGAGACACGCAACCAAGAGACACGCAAACAAGAGAGAAGCAACCAAGAGACACGCAACAAAGAGAGAGACGCAACCAAGAGACAGCAACCAAGAGAGAGACGCAACCAAAAGAGAGCGAACCAAGACAGACGCAACCAAGAGAGACGCAACCAAGAGACACGCAACCAAGAGAGACGCAACCAGACACACAACCAAGAAGACGCAACCAAGAGAGAGCAACCAAGAGAGAGAACGCAACCAAGACAGACGCAACCAAGAGACAGCAACCAAGAGACACGCAACCAAGACAGACGCAACCAAGAGACACAAGAACGGCCAACCAAGAGUACACGCAACCAAUAG